AUGUACGAGGCUCCAAUAGUUGGAGACCGAGGGACCCAACUCUCAGGUGGUCAAAAACAGAGGAUUGCACUAGCUCGAGCCAUGAUAAAAGAUCCCCAAAUCCUUCUUUUAGAUGAGCCCACAAGUGCCUUAGACCCCGAGUCUGAGACCAUAGUUCAACAGGCCAUUGACAAGAUUUCAAUGGGCAGAACCACCAUUGUUAUUGCUCAUCGGCUAGCAACAGUAAGAAAUGCUCAAACAAUUGUUGUUCUUGAUCGUGGAUCCAUGGUAGAGGUUGGCAAUCAUCACCAGCUCAUGGAAAAUGCUGGACUGUACUAUAAUCUUGUCAAGCUUGCUUCUGAAGCGGUUUUAAAACCUGUGGCAAAACAAAAUGAGAUUCAAAAGGAUGCUGAGUUCUCCGCAUAUGAAAAAUCAGUCCACGAUGUAUCAAGAGCAAAUAAUGCAUAUGAAAUUUCAAGAUCUAAAUACUUGAAAUCUAUGCCGGGAGAAGACCAAGUAGAGGAGGAGAAACAAAAAAAACAAGAAAAGCCAAGAACAUAUCGACUUUCAGAGAUAUUGAACCUGCAGAGACCAGAAUUUAUCGUGCUGUUAAUAGGUCUGACUUUGGGUAUGCAUGCAGGUGCUAUUCUCUCCAUCUUUCCCUUGAUUCUGGGCCAAGCACUAAAAGUCUACUUCGAUCCAGAGACACAUAAGUUGAAAAAAGAAGUUGGGAACCUUUGCUUGGUACUGGUUGGACUUGGCCUUGGAUGUAUAAUCUCCAUGACUGGCCAGCAAGGUUUCUGUGGUUGGGCUGGUGCAAAGCUCACCAAGAGGGUGAGGGGUCUUUUAUUCCAAGCUAUAUUGAAACAAGAACCGGGUUGGUUUGAUUUUGACAAGAAUUCCACUGGCAUACUUGUUUCAAGGCUCUCAAUUGAUUGUGUCAGUUUUCGGUCAGUGCUUGGUGAUCGGUUCUCUGUUCUAUUAAUGGGUUUGAGUUCAGCUGCUGUGGGGCUUGGUGUGUCAUUUUUUAUUGAAUGGAGAUUAACCCUCUUGGCUACUGCUCUCACUCCGUUCACGCUUGGCGCAAGCUAUUUCAGCUUGCUUAUUAAUGUUGGCCCUAAAGUAGAUAACAGUUCAUACGCCAAAGCUAGCAGUAUCGCUGCAAGUGCCGUGUCAAAUGUGAGAACAGUGGCAACAUUCUCAACUCAAGAACAGAUAGUUCAAUCCUUUGACAGAGCUUUGUCUGAGCCAAAGAAAACUUCAGUUAGGCGAUCUCAAAUUCUUGGACUAGCCCUUGGGAUCUCUCAAGGUGCCAUGUAUGGAGCUUAUACUCUCACUCUCUGGUUUGGUGCUUACCUUGUGAAACAAGGCCAUGAGAAUUUAGGUGAUGUAUGUAAGAUCUUUCUAAUACUUGUUCUGAGCUCCUUUUCUGUUGGACAACUGGCUGGCCUUGCACCGGAUACUUCCAUGGCCUCAAAUGCAAUCCCUGCUGUUUUUGAUGUCAUUAAUCGUAGGCCUUUGAUAGGAAAUGAUCACCAGAAAGGAAAAAAGAUUGAAAGGUCGAAGCCAUUUGAUAUUGAAUUCAAGAUGGUGACGUUUGCAUACCCUUCAAGGCCUGAUGUGAUUGUGUUGAGAGAUUUUUGCCUCAAGGUCAAAGGUGGAAGCAUGGUGGCCCUGGUAGGAGGAAGUGGAUCUGGGAAAUCAACAGUGGUAUGGAUGGUACAGAGGUUUUAUGAUCCAAUUCAAGGGAAAGUAUUGAUGGCUGGUAUGGAUUUGAGGGAGCUUGAUUUGAAGUGGUUGAGGAGGCAAACAGCUUUGGUGGGUCAAGAGCCAGCUUUGUUUGCUGGGACCAUCAGAGAGAAUAUUGUGUUUGGGAAUACUAAUGCUUCAUGGGCAGAGAUUGAAGAAGCCGCAACGGAAGCUUACAUUCACAAGUUUAUCUCUGGCCUCCCUCAAGGCUAUGAAACUGAGGUAUGA